AUGCCACCUCGUGAGGCAGCUUGCGAGCCUUGUAGGAAGUCCAAAUUGGCCUGUGACCACGUUCGGCCGGUAUGCACUCGAUGCUUGGGUGCCAAUAGAGCCGACGCUUGCGAAUAUCGAAUAUCGCCGUUCAAGAGAAGACGAACAGAUCUAGAAUCCGAGCCACCACCAACCGCAGCAGCGACGCCAACCAUUCGACCUUAUCCAAAUCCAGGCUUCCAAGGCUCGUUGAGUUCUGCUGCGAUUUUCAGUCAUAUUUCUCCUCGACAUCACGAACCAUCAACGGCUCAGCCAGAACCUGACUCUGUGCCGGCUGGAGUGUCUGUACCCGCAGUGCUUGACAACGAUGAUAUCGCCUGCAGACAAGGCACGUCAUUGAUAAAACUGCUUCUCGAAGAAUACCCAUUGAGUACUCUGAAAGAUCUAGUCUCGUUCUGGCUUGCCAAGGGUAUCAGUCUUUCGCAUGCCGAGAGUCUUCUGGAUUCGUGCGUGGAUAGCAUGGAUGAAGCUCUAAACUCUGGACAACCCAAAGACAAUUGUAUGGAACACUUGACUCGGAAUUCACAAAGUCCAUUGCUCUUCGGCCCCGAAACAACCUUCAAUGCAUAUGCGGCUCAAUUUUCUGGCCACAAUGCUCGGUUGGAGACUUUGGGUAUAUUUCUGUCAGCAGUAGUCAGAGCUACUAACGAUGUCCCCUUCUUCCCUACCCUGUAUAAAUCUGAUGAAGACAAAUUCAGACUUCGAAAACUGGCCACUCGGCUGAGUGAUCACGCAUUGGAAGUCUGUCUGUCACUUGACUGUCUGAACGAUCUUCAACUCGCAUUCCAAUAUGAGAACUUCAUUGUGCAUACCUUCGUCGACGGAGACCAGAGUUACAGUUCAUGGCGCAGGCUCGGAGAUGUGAUCGCUUCCAUGCUCGCACUUGGCUAUCACGAACGAGUCGAGACUCGAUCCAGAAUCCCAAACUUUUUGGUUGAACUACGGCAAAGUGCAUUUGCACGCAUAUACACCGACGACAAGGAAGUCUCCAUCUUCCUUGGCCGGCCACCUCGCCUGAGCAGAAGAUUCUGUCACUUCCGAAUACCAAUUGCUUUGGACUCAUUCGAAAUCAAUGCGAUCACUUCGGGCACUGAGAGUGGCGGACAGGCAAACGAGAUCAAGAUUGACUACCGAGCGGGUUGCAGUUGGGCGGCUCUAUGCGCGUUACUCAAGGAAGAAAUCUUGGAGCUGUUCAUUGAGAAGAAUCGCGAACAUUGCGUCCAACGAGCGAGUGUCAUCUGCGCCAAAGCCGAAGCACAAUGGCAACAAUUACCCACGCACAUGCGCUACGAUGUCAGUUGCCUCAACGACUACAGAAGAAGUCCUUUCGAGCGCGACUUUCUGAUUAGCGCUCGGCUGGACCACAUACACAUUCGCUUCCUGGUGCGAUUUAUCUUGUUAAACAGUCUAGCCCAACCAGACGACGAGAUGAUCCAGAUAGCACAUGAGAUGCUCACGCUAGUCGUUCAAGCCGUCCUCGCCCGCGACCGCCUCGCCAACUCCGGCAGCGGUCUGGUCUGGAAAGUUAUUCUCUACGGUUUACCGGCUUCUGGUAUCAUCCUCCUCGCCAUCCUCGAACAACGCAACCCUUACCACUUCGGCGGCCUCUCACGCGCAAAAGUGCUACAAAAUCUCAGGAUCUUAGUGGCAGAGAUACAAAUCGGCGCAUUGUCCCAUCCAAGAGAGCCGAAUUUUGCUUUGCUCACCAGAGCCGCGCAGACUAUUGAGAACUUUCUCGAUUCGGAAGAGAGACACGACCAUCACCCGAAUGGUCAAAUCAGUACUCAUCAUGACGCGGCGGCGCCUGGGCAGAUGGGACCUUGGGCUUCCAACUUGAAUCUGGAAGCAUGGGACUUUGAUCUUGGGUUCUGGGAGAAUCUUGCGGAACAUCCUUUCUUGUCCAAUCUGGAGUUUCCGACAUAG